AUGAGCAAGGAAUGUGUCUGGCUUCUGUACCACAUGGCAGAAUAUACCAAGAGCCCAAGUGCGGCCAUUCUCUCCGACGUUUCCUCGUGUGGGUCCCUUUCAUCCAGCGAGGACGGCUCCCCCAGGGGCCAUUCCUGUCUGUCAGAUGGGGAGCUGGCCCAGAACUUACAGGAUAGUGUCAAGCACCGCGUCCUUUACCUCUCAGAGCAGCGGAGACUGGAGAAGGCCAGUCGGGACGAGAACACUGUGGGCUACCUCAAGCUGGUGUCCAAAGCCAACCGGCACCACGCCCCCCACAUCCGGCAGGCCUUCGAGAAGGUGAACCAGCGCUCUGCCACCAUUGCCCAGAUAGAGCGAAGGCUCUGCUGUUGCCACCGGCAGCUGCAGGGGCUGGAGGGGGGCUGGAAGCCCCAGGGCUUAGCGCCCAAGGCUGAAAGCAGCCCGUGCCACUGCAGGCGGCCCAGCGAGAAGGCCCUGUCUUCGUCUCCCAGGCCAGGUGGGGAAGACUGCCUGUCCACCGACCUGUCUGAUAUCGUCAGACACUUGCCCCUGGCGAGCCACUUCCCAGCUUUGUGGCCGGGGAAGUCCUGGGGGACAAAGCGUGCGGCCCAGCAGCGAAAACUGCUGUGGCGACAGAUGAAGGAGGACCUAAGAGAAGUCAGGGAGCUCCACCUCAGCCUCCAGGUGUCCUGUCCGAGCCUAAAGGAGAGCCGUCUGAUGGGCCUGCAGGUGUCGCUGGCGUCCCUCCAGGAACAGAAAUGCAGACAAGCGUCGGUGGAAGAACAGGUGAAUGAGCACGUCCAGGGGUACCUGGAUGACAUUUGCCGCCUCGAACAGAAUCUGGCCCGUGCUGAAGAGAAAAUGGCCUAUCUGUCCUACGAGGGAGCCAAGGAAAUAUGGGCCCUUCGCUGUCACCGGACACGCACACACCCUCCCGGGACGGCGCUCGCACUGGCCACCGUCCUCCCAGCCUUCAUCUGCACCGUGUGCGCCUGCCCCCCACCACAGCUGAGCUCCGGCCCGCACACUUGCGCCGCCCUCGUGCUGAUCGGGCUCGGGUCCCCGGCCUGGCAGAAGCGACGCGCCGUGUCCGCCACAGACCGGCAGGCCUGGGUCCCCUCCAGAUGGAGGCGGCGUUCCGAGGAGCCCGAGCCUCUAGCAGGUGGGCCUUAG